CCGCGCUGCCGGAUUGAGGAAGCUGACGACGGUGCAGCAUGUGGGCAACACACUGUAUAAAGCUCAUAAACUUGUAGGCUGAUGUGCGCAGCUCCCACCUUGGAUUCGAUACCGCUGCCUCCCGCUGCACGAGGCGUCACGCUGAGCACUAAAACCCGCUCUUGGGGACGGAGCGCUUACCCCUGCAAGACAUGAAGGGCUUCCUGUUUCUUUCCCUCCUCCUGCUGCCCGUGCACGCUGGAACUGCUUGGAGUGCAAAAUACGCGGUAGAUUGUCCCGAGCCCUGUGACAGUAACGCGUGCAAAAGUACCUUGCGCUGUAAGCGAACGGUGCUGGAUGACUGUGGCUGCUGCAGAGUGUGUGCAGCUGCUCUGGGGGAGACUUGCUAUCGUACAGUUUCGGGUAUGGAUGGUGUCAAGUGUGGUCCUGGGCUGAAGUGCCAGUUUUACACUGAGGAGGAUGACUUUGGUGAUGAAUUUGGUAUCUGCAAAGAGUGUCCCUACGGCACCUAUGGAAUGGAAUGCAGGAAAACUUGCAAUUGUCCGUCUGGCAUCUGUGACAGAGUAACUGGGAAGUGCUUGAAGUUCCCGUUUUUUCAACUCUCUGCUUCAAAGCCUCCGAAUCGACGAAAAAUCAUUUCACACACAGAGAACGACAUGGCAUCAGGGGAUGGCAAUUCUGUAAAAGAGGAAUUUGUUAAGGAGAAAGCAAUUCGCUCUCCGGUAAUGAAAUGGCUAAAUCCUCGCUGAUAUUUGCUUACACUAAUAAGACUUUCAAGUGAAUGCAUUUCUCACAGAUAACUGAAUAUGCAACAACACACUUUAACUAAGUAGAUCUAUAGCAUACGAAAGUGUAUCCUCUGAAGGCCAAUUGUGAUUCUGUUUUUCAUGAGAAAAAUGUUUACUUAAAAAAUAGACUGUACAGUGUAUAUGAUUUUUGAUAUUUGUUUUGAUAAAUAUUUGAACAUAGAAAUGUAUUGUGGAUUGCUGAAUGUAUAGUAAUAUUAAAAAAACAAUGACACAAUUCAACCCUCCUCAUUUAAGUAAUGUCAAAGACAGACUCUUGCAGCUUCAGGCUAGGAAGGCUCUCGCUGAAUUCAGUGGACGUUCUGAGUGAGUAAAACCAUUGGUAUGGAGCCAAAGAGAAAGAAGUGUACAUCAACAAACCCCAGGAUAGAAAGCAAUGCCCCUGAGUCACACCGACAAGAAUAAUAAUAAUGUAGGAGCACAGUGGUGUGAAUUAAAUAAACCAGCAUUAGUCAUUAGUAAUUUUCUGGGCUGUGGAAGUUUGGUAACAGUUCCUAGGAGAAAAAUAUGCCUUUUUCAGGGAGAAAAACCCCAGCAUUUAAGUUUAUAUGUUGUGAAUAACUCAGCUGAGACACUGUAAAAAUAUAUUGUAUUAGGUGGAUAUCUAAUGUUAAAUAUGUUAAAUAUAGAGAAACAGAUGCUUUGUAAAUUAUGCAGAUUUUUAGAGGAGGACCUGAAACCACAUAAGUUACUUAGCAUUAUUUAAAUGUAUAUGUUUCUAUAAAGCAGAU